ACAGUGUAUAUGGAUCAUAAAACUUUCAAAGUGAUUCUGAAUGGAUACAGUAGUUGGAAAGACGACAGAAAGAGUGUUUAAAACUUUUUCAUACUGUAUUCUUGAUAUUUAUUAGUGAAAUUAUUUAAUAUUAACAAUAGCAUUUCUGAUGAACAAAUAUGCAGCCGGUUCCGUUUUCUUCUAGUGACAAUUCUGCUUUCAGUAAGCUACCGUCAUCAACCUCAUCAAAAUCAUCCGAAAACACAGAACCAUCAAAUAGUGAAAAUAUGUCGGAAAAAACUCAAGAAAACCAAAGUGCUAAAAUAUCACCAUCCUCUGGACAGAAACAAGUUUUAAAAUUCAGUGUGGAUUCAAUAAUGUCUGAAAAGGGACCCGUCAAUGACAGAGAAAACACAGAAUCCCCUAAUUCUGUGAGUUCUGAAGACAGUUUACAGGAGCAACCAAGGAUUCCUACAGCCACAAUGGGACCUUUCAGUAUGGAUGACAUUUUAAAUAAACAAACAAUAUGUAGAAAUGGUAAUGUUCCACUUCCUGGAGAAAGUCGGUGGCAAAACUAUUACAAUACCUCCUCAUUCCCAUGGUUAUCAACGACAGGGCUGUCUCCCCCAAAAGGACCUCCUAGUCCUGGAAGGAUAAACCCACAGAAAUGUACGUUACGGAAGCAUAAAACAAACAGAAAACCUAGAACCCCUUUCACAACGUCUCAACUGCUAGCAUUAGAGAGGAAAUUUCGCCAAAAACAAUAUCUUUCUAUAGCUGAACGUGCUGAGUUUUCAGCUUCUUUGAACUUAACUGAAACCCAAGUUAAAAUUUGGUUUCAGAAUCGAAGAGCAAAAGCAAAAAGACUUCAUGAAGCAGAAUUAGAAAAACUUAAAAUGGCAUCCAAACCGAUGCUCCCUCCUGCAAUAGGGGUAACUUUCCCCGCCGCAGCAGCUUUUUAUGGAAACCAUUUUGGACGACCACAAAAUUUCCCACAUUCAUUCAUGUCUCCUUUUAGUUAUGGAAGUGUCAGCAUGGUAUAUCAUCAUUAGAUUUGAUUAAGAACUUAUGUGACCAAAGACUGGACCAUUGUUCCAUGUUACAUUACGGGUGAUCGAAAAGUACGUUUCGUGCUAUUACAUGUGCUCCUGUGUGUCCGUCUCUCGGUGCUAGACAGAUGGUGACCAACACUUAGCAUAAACAACUAUUUACUGAGUCAGUCUGGAUGUGUAGAUUACGUAUAUGUGCUUCAGCAGAGAUUAAAACUGCAGUAAACAUUAUGAAAAAAAACUUGCCAAAAUAUUUUGUUUUUGUUGACGUAAGGUAACGGAUAUUUUUUUGGUUAUUCGUUUUGUAUAUAUCAAAUAAUAUUUAUAAUGAUCACGUGGUUAUUCCCGUUGUUGUAAAAUACAUUUAUUUGCAAUUAAAUAUAUGAUUUACACCUUCAAA